CCGAGUGGAGUAAGAGGGCAGGUGGGACUCCAAGGCCACAGCCAUCUCAGAGUGACCAGGGCCCAAGCAGUGUGUCAUGAAGAGCCGGGGCCGGGCCCCACUCCCCCAGCAGAGAAGCAACCCUCGUGGGAAACCCCUCACCUGUUAGGGGUCUUCGAACUGACCACGGGAUCGAAAGAGCUGGUCCCAGCGCCUGGCCUCCGGUGGGAAGUGGACAGAGUGCACGAGUGCGGCCCCACCAUGUCUGAGACUUCCUCCCACGACUCCUUCUACGACUCCCUGUCGGACGUGCAGGACGACGGCGACACCGCGGACUUCUUCCCUGGGCUCUCGGCUUUUCUCAGUCAGGAAGAGAUACACAAGAGCCUUGACCUAGCCCGCAGAGCCAUUGCCUCCCCCGAGCCAGAGGGCUGCGACCCCGAGGAGCUCUCACGGAGGCUCAGCCCUGCUCCUGAGAGCCUCUGGGAGCCGCCUUCCCACCCGGAACCCAGGUCAGGUGGGCCCGGGGCCCCAGCGAGACCUGGCGGCCACAGGCCCGCACCUAUGCACCCUCCACCGGCCGAGCAAGCCCAGCGUAUCUCCUCUCCUGCGCCCAGGAAGAAACCGGCCGUAUCGCCUCUGCUGGCCAGCCCCAGCUACAUCCGGAGCCUCCGCAAGGCUGGGAAGCACGUGGCAAAGGCUCCCAGCACCAGCGCCAAGCCCAAAGCCGCGCGCCACGGCAGGCCCGGUCCCCAGAGCCAGCUGUGCGACAAAGCAGCCAGCUUCAUUGAGGAGCUGACGUCCAUUUUUAGAGAAGCCGCAAAGCCAAGAAACAGAAGCCCCAACGGGGAGUCCUCAUCCCCAGACAGCGGGUACCUAUCCCCCCAAAACCAGCCGUCAACCCUGCGGAGCGCCCCCGCCAGCCAGAGCCCCACUGGGGACCCUCCAGAGGUGGACGUGGAGGCCGAGGCCAAACUCCCUGUGCCUGGGCAUCACUCCUCCGCGGCCCUGGGCGCAGCCCGGUCCUCCCGCAGCCCCUCGCCCCCACCGCCCCUCAGCGCACGCCACCUCCCAUCAGCUCCCCGGUUCACCCAGAAGCUGCGGAGCCAAGAAGUGGCAGAAGGAAGUCGCGUCUACCUGGAAUGCAGAGUCACCGGAACCCCAGCUCCUCGGGUCAGCUCUUCCCUGUGCCAGCCAACGACAGUCCUUCUCACUGGUCAAGGACAAAACCUUGGGAGCACCUUUGCCUCCUCCUUUCCUGGCAUCUCAGAGCAUCCAGUUCUCUCAGCGGAUCUAGUGGGUGCAGACAGCCUCGCACCACCUCCGCAAGAGGCUCUGGUCCAAGCCGCCAUCACCUUCAUCCUGCCCCAGUUGCCACCCAUGCCCAUAAUAGUCUACACUGCACCUGGCAUGGUUCUUUGUCAGGAAGGUGUGAUCACAACAUGGUGCAAAGCUGCUCAGUGCCUGCUCGUCAUUCUCAGAGCCCCUCCGGACCUUCCUUCCACUCCUCUGCCCCACGCUCCUACCCCAGGACGCACCCUGCCUGGACCACAGCAGACUCUGGGCCCUGGUGGGUGCAGCCCCAAGGACCCCUGUGAGUUUGCCCCCAUCCAGGGAGGGCACCCUCAGAUGGUACGGCUGAGGCUCAGGGGGCUGCUCCCCAGCAGGCUGAGGGGGCCCUCUGCUCUGCAGCCCUCAGGUGAUGUGUGCUCCCUGGGGCUUCCUGAAGCCCUGAGGACACCUUUGGCUCCUACCUUUGAUGAACUUCUCGUGUUAUCUGGGAAGUCCUGCAUCCUCCUCCCCAUCGCCCAUCCCUUUGUUAGAAGACCCACCAUCCUCAAAACCCAGACUGGACAGCGUGACCAGGUCCCGAGACCUUUACCCUGA